GCAGCCCUGGACAUCAGCUGUGACACUUGUGUUCGGUCUAAGUAUUUAGUUUAUUGUAAAAUAAUAAUGCUGGACAAAGUAAAAAACGUUAUUGUCGUGCUCUCGGGCAAGGGUGGCGUGGGCAAAUCAACAGUUAGCACGCAAUUGGCGUUAGCUUUGCGAGCAACAGGCCAUAAAGUCGGCCUGCUGGACAUAGAUCUGUGCGGUCCUAGUGUGCCAUAUUUGCUGGGCCUUGAGGGCAGUGAUAUUUAUCAGUGCGACGAUGGUUGGGUGCCUAUUUAUACAGAUGAGAGUAAAACUCUGGCUGUCAUGUCCAUUGGCUUCUUGCUCAAGAAUCGCAGUGAUCCCGUCAUUUGGCGUGGACCUAAAAAAACCAUGAUGAUCAAGCAGUUUCUUACCGAUGUGAAAUGGGAGGAGCUUGACUAUUUGAUAAUUGACACGCCGCCUGGCACCUCAGACGAGCACAUCACAGUUAUGGAGUGCAUGCGCGAGGUGCCUUGCAAUGGCGCAAUCAUUGUAACAACACCACAGGGCGUUGCCUUGGAUGAUGUGCGCAAAGAAAUAACCUUUUGCAAAAAGACCGGCAUGAAGCUGUUGGGCAUUGUGGAGAAUAUGAGCGGUUUUGUUUGUCCGCACUGCACCGAGUGCACGAACAUCUUUUCAUCGAAUGGCGGCGCGGAACUGGCGCAGUUAGCUCAAGUGCCGCAUUUGGGCACCCUGCCCAUCGAUCCGCGGGUCGGCCUUUUGGCAGGCAGCACCGCAUCGGUAUUGAACGAGCUAGCAGAUUCCAGCACGGCGCAGGUAUUGCGCAGCAUUGUCCAACAUUUGGAUGGAUUGACAGCAGUGCCAACGUCCGCGUAAAUGGAGAGUAAACGGC